ACUCAUCUAUCAUCCCCCAUUUUGCACACCUACGCGUUUUCGUUUGGAAGAGAAAAAAAAAAAAAAAGGGAAAUGUAUAGAGAAAUUGCUUACAAAAAUCUUCGUUGUUUCCUUGAAAUUUGAUCUGUUUUUCUCCUCCUUCGUGUAGGAUUGUAGAUUAGGUGAUACUUAUAUCAUUAAAAGAGACAAGUUUAGUCUUGAUUAAUGAUUGUAGGCUCCAUUUUGUCGACUCUCACCUUCUUAGAGUCUUCCUGGAAAGAGCAUCUAUAACCCCGAAUUUCCACACCUACUCCCUUCCAUAGCUAUUAUUAUACUGAUACAUUCAUUUCGGAAACUAAAACAGAAAUUUCGUACACAAGUCCUUUGCUUUUCCCUUGAAUUUCCACGUACACCUACUCCCUUCCAUAGCUAUUUUCUGUUUUGAACUUUACAUCCACAUAUUUUUUUUCUUCUCAUACAUCCUCAUGUCGUUAUUACUUUCGACUUCCUCAUCCGUUUCUAGAAACAAGUACGAUGUGUUCUUGAGUUUUAGAGGUGAAGAUACCCGCAAGAGCUUUACGGAUCAUCUCUACGAUGCUCUAAAUAGAACUGGGAUCGUCACUUUUAGAGAUGAUCCAAAGUUGGAGGCUGGUGAAGAGAUCGCACCGGAACUCUUGAAAGCAAUUCAGCAAUCAUGGUGCUCGGUAAUCGUUUUUUCCGAGACCUAUGCCCUUUCUGGUUGGUGCUUGGAGGAGCUUGCGGAGAUUGUUAAACAAAAAAAUGGCAAGGCUCAUAAAGUAUUUCCAAUUUUCUACCAUGUGGAUCCAUCCGAGUUAAGAAAACAAAAAGGAAAAGUUGAAGAAGCCUUUGCCAAACAGGAAGAAAGAUACAAGGAAGAUAAAGACAAGAUCCAAAAGUGGCGAAAUGCUUUGACUGAAGUGGCUAACAUCUCGGGAUGGCAUUUAAAUAAUAGGCACGAAUCAGAGUUUAUUGGAGACGUUGUUAAGAAGAUAUCAGCAAAAUUAUGUCAGACAUAUCCGGUUGUUCAUGAUGAGUUGGUUGGAUUUAGUUUACGUUUGGAGGAGUUGUAUUCGAAAAUAAACAUUGGGGAAGACGAUGUUCGCAUUAUAGGAAUUUGCGGAAUGGGUGGCAUCGGUAAAACAACUCUUGCAAAAGUUGCUUACACUCAAAUGUUACCUCAUUUCGAAGGUAAAUGUUUUCUUGCUGAUAUUCGAGAAGUUUCAAACAAACAUGGACUUGUUUCUUUACAGAAACAACUUCUUUCUCAAAUCUUUCCGGAUGAAUGCUUCAAUUUUUUCAAUGUUCAUGAAGGGAAUGCCAUAAUUAGCCGCAAAUUGUCUAGAAAAAAGGUUCUUGUUAUUCUUGAUGAUGUUGAUAACAUACAACACUUGAAAUACUUGGUUGGAAGGCGUGAUUGGUUUAGUUUAGGGAGUAGGAUUAUUGUAACAACAAGAGAUGAACAUUUGCUCCGAUCUUAUCGAAUCGAUGAUGUGUAUAAGCCUACAACAUUGAAUCCCGACGAUGCGCUUAGGCUUUUCAAUUUGAAAGCUUUUGAUAGUGAUACAAUGCUGAAAUAUAGUUUUAUUGAGAUUUCUAAACGUGUUGUACGUUAUGCUGAUGGCCUCCCCUUAGCUCUUGAAGUUUUGGGUUCAUUUUUCCGCGGUAGAGAUACAAUUCAAUGGAGAAGUGCAAUUGAAAGACUUGAACAAGAUUCUAACAAAGAAAUUCUUGACACACUAAGAAUUAGCUUUGAUGGAUUGGAAGAAAGGGAGAAGAAUAUUUUUCUAGAUAUAGCAUGCUUUUUCAAUGGGGAGGAGAAAGAUUUGGUAAUGAAAGUAUUGGAUGGUUGUGAGUUUUUUCCCGAUAUUGGAAUCGAUGUUCUCAUUAAGAAAUCUCUCAUAAAAGUCAGUGAUGACAACCGAUAUUUGCAUAUGCAUACCUUGGUGCAAGAAAUGGGAAGAAAAAUUGUUGAAGAAAGAUGUAUUAAUGAACCUGGAAAACGUUGUAGAUUGUGGAAAGAAAGAGAUGUCCAUCAUGUCCUAACAAAAAACACGGCUACCGAAGUGAUUGAAGGUAUGAUCAUCGACAAUAAAAGGGAACUGAGUAAGAUACUCAAUUUGAGUGUCGAUACAUUCUCAAAGAUGAAAAAUUUGAGAUUGCUCAAAGUGCUUUGCCUAUCAAAUUGUGAUGAUCUCAAAUAUCUUUCUAAUGAACUACGGCUUUUAGAUUGGAAAGGGUGUCCUUUAAGAUACUUGCCUUCAAGCUUCCAACCAGACAACCUUGUCGCACUUCCUUUACCAUAUAGUCACAUUGAACAACUAUGGAAGGGAAAUAGACCAUUGUAUAAGUUGAAAAUGAUCAACCUUAAAGGGUCCCAAAACCUGAUCAAGACACCAGACUUCAAAACAGCACCAAAACUUGAAGCUUUAAUUAUGGAAGGUUGUAUCAGAUUGGUAAAUGUCCAUCCAUCAAUCGGAGUGCUUAAGAUGCUUAAACUUUUGAAUUUAAGAGACUGCAAAAGUCUUAGGAAUCUUCCAACCAGAAUUGGAAUGGAAUCUCUUGAAACAUUAAUUCUUUCAGGUUGCCCAAAUCUUGUAAGGUUUCCGGAGAUUGAUGGGAAAAUGGAACAUCUAAAAACUCUUGAUCUUUCUAGUUGUUAUAAAAUUGAAUAUUUGCCAGUGAACUUGCAGCAAAUAGAGUUUUUGGAAAAGCUUGACUUGAGUGAAACAAGCAUAACAGAGCCACCAUCCUUCAUUUUUCAUUUGAAAAAUCUUAAAAUUCUAUCUUUCAAUGGGCGCAAGGGACCAUCGUAUAAGUCACGACCAAAUUUACCUUCUCUUUUCAAGGUAAUCCAAGGAAGAAGGACGAAUCCCAUGGCUCAGAUGUUGCCUUUGUUGUCAGGUUUGAGUUCAUUAAGAAGCCUAAAUCUAAGGGACUGCAAUCUUUGUGAAGGAGAUAUUCCACGUGAUUUUUCUGGUCUAUCCUGUUUGAUGAUUCUUGAUCUUAGUGGUAACAAUUUCAUCAGCAUACCUGCAUCUCUUACUCGGCUCUCGAAGCUUUGGUUUCUUGAUUUGUCAAAUUGCAACAUGUGCACUCUUGGUGAAGCAGAUAUUCAUGGUCUAUCCUCUUUGAGUCAUCUUUAUCUUAAGGGUAACAAUUUCAUCACCAUUCCUUUGGCUCUUACUCAACUUAGCAGGCUUAAAUCGCUUGAAUUAUCAUACUGCACAGAGCUUAAAUCCUUGCCUGAGCUUCUAACAACUAUAGCAGAUGUGAUUAUAGAUGGUUGUGCUUCACUUGAAGUAGUUGCAAGUCCAUCAAAAGUAUGCAACUUAGUGGAUGAGGCUCUCGUUUAUGCCAUUAACUGCUUCAAAUUGGCUGAGAAUAUCAAUGCAUUAACACUGCUCAGAAAACAUCUUAAGGCUUUUGCAAAUUCAAGAAAAAUGUUUGCUAUUCUUAUGCCCGGAAGUGACAUCCCAGAAUGGUUUAGCCAACAAAAAAGUGACUCUUCAAUUAAGAUACCCCUUCCGAAAGAUAGUCAAUGGAUUGGAGUUGCUUCUUGCUGCAUUUUUAUCAAUAAUGAUUCUUCAAGAGAUUACGAGAUUAUCAGUUGUUGUGCAUGUAUCAAUUUCAGAAAUUCUGAACAAGCCAGCCGUGAUGGAUCUAUUUUUCGAGGUAGAAAUCGUAGAAUGAUUGGUGGGACAGGCUGGCAGGUGGGGCCCAUAAUAAAAGAUCACCUUUUUCUUCAUUAUUGGUCGCGUGAUCAACUAUAUCCAAUUUCCAUAGAGUAUAAAUAUGGUCAUUGUGAAACCAAUAAUUUAUGGGCAACAGAUUGCUUAGAUCAUAAAUGCGAUGAGCUUGAGCUGUCUUUCUCAGACCUAGAUGUUGAAGACAAUGCUAAGGUGAAGAAGUGUGGUGUUAGAAUAGUGUAUGAGAAAGAUCUGGAAGAAAUAAAAGAGUUGCAGUGCCAUACCACUCAAUUUUCUCCAAAUUUUGAACACACCCACCAACACUCUAUUCACAACGAUGGAUCAGUAGAUAACACUUCUCACAUAAAACGAAAAGCUAAUAUCUACGAUGAAGCGGAGGAAGAAGGGCCGCAACCGAAACGGAUGCAGAAGUUUUUCAAUUUUAUAAUGGGCCAAUCGGGGAAGAAGCAUUUACUGUGGUAAUCCCCAACCAUAGUGGGUUUGGAGCUGUGAGGGAAUUCAGAGUGGCCACCCGUUAUGAAAGUUUGAUUUUCUUCUGGUGAACCGGACAUCCUUUUAAUUAUGUUUGAGGUUUUAGGCUUUUAAAUGUAAUAAGGCCGCUUAUUUAUUUUUGGUGGUUUUUAAUAUGUAUUACUAAGAUAGGUAAUACUUAUUUUAACUGUUGAAAUUGGAUAGCUUUAGGGCUCGUUUUCAAAAACAACAGUUGAUUUCAAAAUAA